GGGCAUCGUUGGUAGAGCGCUAGUGUAAACAGCCUGAGGAACCCGGUGGGCCGGGGAAGUGGGCGCGCUCUGUUCUCCGCGGCCAGCCGGGACGCCGGGCCAGGUGGGGCCGCCUGCGUUUAGCAACUGCUUUCUCACCCCCUGGAUUUGCGAUGUUUGCCACAGCAGCGAGAAGCGCCAUUGUAAUGGGGAUGGGAGGGGUGGAGCCUCCAAGUCCUGUCUCAAUUUAGAUCUCUCACUCUGCUGUUAGGCGCGCCCAUUUCAGAUUACUAAACUCGAAUUAAGAGGGAAAAAAAAUCAGGGAGGAGGUGGCAAGCCACACCCCACAGUGCCCGCGAAUUUCCCCGGCAGCGGACUGUAGCCCAGGCAGACGCCGUCGAGAUGCAGGGCCCACCGCUCCUGACCGCCGCCCACCUCCUCUGCGUGUGCACCGCCGCGCUGGCCGUGGCUCCCGGGCCUCGGUUUCUGGUGACAGCCCCAGGGAUCAUCAGGCCCGGAGGAAAUGUGACUAUUGGGGUGGAGCUUCUGGAACACUGCCCCUCACAGGUGACUGUGAAGGCGGAGCUGCUCAAGACAGCAUCAAACCUCACUGUCUCUGUCCUGGAAGCAGAAGGAGUCUUUGAAAAAGGCUCUUUUAAGACACUUACUCUUCCAUCACUACCUCUGAACAGUGCAGAUGAGAUUUAUGAGCUACGUGUAACCGGACGUACCCAGGAUGAGAUUUUAUUCUCUAAUAGUACCCGCUUAUCAUUUGAGACCAAGAGAAUAUCUGUCUUCAUUCAGACAGACAAGGCCUUAUACAAGCCAAAGCAAGAAGUGAAGUUUCGCAUUGUUACACUCUUCUCAGAUUUUAAGCCUUACAAAACCUCUUUAAACAUUCUCAUUAAGGACCCCAAAUCAAAUUUGAUCCAACAGUGGUUGUCACAACAAAGUGAUCUUGGAGUCAUUUCCAAAACUUUUCAGCUAUCUUCCCAUCCAAUACUUGGUGACUGGUCUAUUCAAGUUCAAGUGAAUGACCAGACGUAUUAUCAAUCAUUUCAGGUUUCAGAAUAUGUAUUACCAAAAUUUGAAGUGACUUUGCAGACACCAUUAUAUUGUUCUAUGAAUUCUAAGCAUUUAAAUGGUACCAUCAUGGCAAAGUAUACAUAUGGGAAGCCAGUGAAAGGAGACGUAACGCUUACAUUUUUACCUUUAUCCUUUUGGGGAAAGAAGAAAAAUAUUACAAAAACAUUUAAGAUAAAUGGAUCUGCAAACUUCUCUUUUAAUGAUGAAGAGAUGAAAAAUGUAAUGGAUUCUUCAAAUGGACUUUCUGAAUACCUGGAUCUAUCUUCCCCUGGACCAGUAGAAAUUUUAACCACAGUGACAGAAUCAGUUACAGGUAUUUCAAGAAAUGCAAGCACUAAUGUGUUCUUCAAGCAACAUGAUUACAUCAUUGAGUUUUUUGAUUAUACUACUGUCUUGAAGCCAUCUCUCAACUUCACAGCCACUGUGAAGGUAACUCGUGCUGAUGGCAACCAACUGACUCUUGAAGAAAGAAGAAAUAAUGUAGUCAUAACAGUGACACAGAGAAACUAUACUGAGUACUGGAGCGGAUCUAACAGUGGAAAUCAGAAAAUGGAAGCUGUUCAGAAAAUAAAUUAUACUGUCCCCCAAAGUGGAACUUUUAAGAUUGAAUUCCCAAUCCUGGAGGAUUCCAGUGAGCUACAGUUGAAGGCCUAUUUCCUUGGUAGUAAAAGUAGCAUGGCAGUUCAUAGUCUGUUUAAGUCUCCUAGUAAGACAUACAUCCAACUAAAAACAAGAGACGAAAAUAUAAAGGUGGGAUCGCCUUUUGAGUUGGUGGUUAGUGGCAACAAACGAUUGAAGGAGUUAAGCUAUAUGGUAGUAUCCAGGGGACAGUUGGUGGCUGUAGGAAAACAAAAUUCAACAAUGUUCUCUUUAACACCAGAAAAUUCUUGGACUCCAAAAGCCUGUGUAAUUGUGUAUUAUAUUGAAGAUGAUGGGGAAAUUAUAAGUGAUGUUCUAAAAAUUCCUGUUCAGCUUGUUUUUAAAAAUAAGAUAAAGCUAUAUUGGAGUAAAGUGAAAGCUGAACCAUCUGAGAAAGUCUCGCUUAGGAUCUCUGUGACACAGCCUGACUCCAUAGUUGGGAUUGUAGCUGUUGACAAAAGUGUGAAUCUGAUGAAUGCCUCUAAUGAUAUUACAAUGGAAAAUGUGGUCCAUGAGUUGGAACUUUAUAACACAGGAUAUUAUUUAGGCAUGUUUAUGAAUUCUUUUGCAGUCUUUCAGGAAUGUGGACUCUGGGUAUUGACAGAUGCAAACCUCAUGAAGGAUUAUAUUGAUGGUGUUUAUGACAAUGCAGAAUAUGCUGAGAGGUUUAUGGAGGAAAAUGAAGGACAUAUCGUAGAUAUUCAUGACUUUUCUUUGGGUAGCAGUCCACAUGUCCGAAAGCAUUUUCCAGAGACUUGGAUUUGGCUAGACACCAACAUGGGUUCCAGGAUUUACCAAGAAUUUGAAGUAACUGUACCUGAUUCUAUCACUUCUUGGGUGGCUACUGGUUUUGUGAUCUCUGGGGACCUGGGUCUUGGACUAACAACUACUCCAGUGGAGCUCCAAGCCUUCCAACCAUUUUUCAUUUUUUUGAAUCUUCCCUACUCUGUUAUCAGAGGUGAAGAAUUUGCUUUGGAAAUAACUAUAUUCAAUUAUUUGAAAGAUGCCACUGAGGUUAAGGUAAUCAUUGAGAAAAGUGACAAAUUUGAUAUUCUAAUGACUUCAAGUGAAAUAAAUGCCACAGGCCACCAGCAGACCCUUCUGGUUCCCAGUGAGGAUGGGGCAACUGUUCUUUUUCCCAUCAGGCCAACACAUCUGGGAGAAAUUCCUAUCACAGUCACAGCUCUUUCGUCCACUGCUUCUGAUGCUAUCACCCAGAUGAUUUUAGUAAAGGCUGAAGGAAUAGAAAAAUCGUAUUCACAAUCCAUCUUAUUAGACUUGACUGACAGUAGGCUACAGAGUACCCUGAAAACUUUGAGUUUCUCAUUUCCUCCUAAUACAGUGACUGGCAGUGAAAGAGUUCAGGUCACUGCAAUUGGAGAUGUUCUUGGUCCUUCCAUCAAUGGCUUAGCCUCAUUGAUUCGGAUGCCUUAUGGCUGUGGUGAACAGAACAUGAUAAAUUUUGCUCCAAAUAUUUACAUUUUGGAUUAUCUGACUAAAAAGAAACAACUGACAGAUAAUUUGAAAGAAAAAGCUCUUUCAUUUAUGAGGCAAGGUUACCAGAGAGAACUUCUCUAUCAGAGGGAAGAUGGCUCUUUCAGUGCUUUUGGGAAUUAUGACCCUUCUGGGAGCACUUGGUUGUCAGCUUUUGUUUUAAGAUGUUUCCUUGAAGCUGAUCCUUACAUAGAUAUUGAUCAGAAUGUGUUACACAGAACAUACACUUGGCUUAAAGGACAUCAGAAAUCCAACGGUGAAUUUUGGGAUCCAGGAAGAGUGAUUCAUAGUGAGCUUCAAGGUGGCAAUAAAAGUCCAGUAACACUUACAGCCUAUAUUGUAACUUCUCUCCUGGGAUAUAGAAAGUAUCAGCCUAACAUUGAUGUGCAAGAGUCUAUCCAUUUUUUGGAGUCUGAAUUCAGUAGAGGAAUUUCAGACAAUUAUACUCUAGCCCUUAUAACUUAUGCAUUGUCGUCAGUGGGGAGUCCUAAAGCGAAGGAAGCUUUGAAUAUGCUGACUUGGAGAGCAGAACAAGAAGGUGGCAUGCAAUUCUGGGUGUCAUCAGAGUCCAAACUUUCCGACUCCUGGCAGCCACGCUCCCUGGAUAUUGAAGUUGCAGCCUAUGCACUGCUCUCACACUUCUUACAAUUUCAGACUUCUGAGGGAAUCCCAAUUAUGAGGUGGCUAAGCAGGCAAAGAAAUAGCUUGGGUGGUUUUGCAUCUACUCAGGAUACCACUGUGGCUUUAAAGGCUCUGUCUGAAUUUGCAGCCCUAAUGAAUACAGAAAGGACAAAUAUCCAAGUGACCGUGACGGGGCCUAGCUCACCAAGUCCUAUAAAGUUUCUGAUUGACACACACAACCGCUUACUCCUUCAGACAGCAGAGCUUGCUGUGGUACAGCCAACUGCAGUUAAUAUUUCCGCAAAUGGUUUUGGAUUUGCUAUUUGUCAGCUCAAUGUUGUAUAUAAUGUGAAGGCUUCUGGGUCUUCUAGAAGACGAAGAUCUAUCCAAAAUCCAGAAGCCUUUGAUUUAGAUGUUGCUGUAAAAGAAAAUAAAGAUGAUCUCAAUCAUGUGGAUUUGAAUGUGUGUACAAGCUUUUCGGGCCCGGGUAGGAGUGGCAUGGCUCUUAUGGAAGUUAACCUAUUAAGUGGCUUUAUGGUGCCUUCAGAAGCAAUUUCUCUGAGCGAGACAGUGAAGAAAGUGGAAUACGAUCAUGGAAAACUCAACCUCUAUUUAGAUUCUGUAAAUGAAACCCAGUUUUGUGUUAAUAUUCCUGCUGUGAGAAACUUUAAAGUUUCAAAUACCCAAGAUGCUUCAGUGUCCAUAGUGGAUUACUAUGAGCCAAGGAGACAGGCAGUGAGAAGUUACAACUCUGAAGUGAAGCUGUCCUCCUGUGACCUUUGCAGCGAUGUCCAGGGCUGCCGUCCUUGUGAGGAUGGAGCUUCAGGCUCCCAUCAUCACCCUUCAGUCAUUUUUAUUUUCUGUUUCAUGCUUCUGUACUUUUUGGAACUUUGGCUGUGAUUUAUUUUUAAAGGACUCUGUGUAACACUAACAUUUCCAGUAGUCACAUGUGAUUGUUUUGUUUUCGUAGAAGAAUACUGCUUCUAUUUUGAAAAAACAGUUUUUUUUCUUUCUAUGGGGUUGCAGGGAUGGUGUACAACAGGUCCUAGUAUGUAUAGCUGCAUAGAUUUCUUCACCUGAUCUUUGUGUGGAAGAUCAGAAUGAAUGCAGUUGUGUGUCUAUAUUUUCCCCUCUCAAAAUCUUUUAGAAUUUUUUUGGAGGUGUUUGUUUUCUCCAGAAUAAAGGUAUUACUUUAGAAUAGGUAUUCUCCUCAUUUUGUGAAAGAAAUGAAUCUAGAUUCUUAAGCAUUAUUACACAUCCAUGUUUGCUUAAAGAUGGAUUUCCCUCGGAAUGGGAGAAAACAGCCAGCAGGAGGAGCUUCAUCUGUUCCCUUCCCACCUCCAACCUAACCCUACUGCCCACCCCACCCCAACCCACCCCAUGCCCAGUGGUCUCAGUAGAUACUUCUUAACUGGAAAUUCUUUCUUUUCAGAAUCUAGGUGGUGAAUUUUUUUUAAGUGGCACGGUCUUUUUCUGCUUGAAAUCUGAUCACACCCCCCAGCCAUUCCCCUCCCUCUCUUUUUCCUCUGUAGAGAAAUGUGAGGGGCAGUACAUUUACUGUGCUUUUCACACCAUCUCAGAGGUUGAGGAGCAUACUGAAAAUUGCCCUGGGGGGUGCUGGGUGUGCUCUCUCCUUCCCACAUCCUCAGCCCCACACCAGCUCUAUUUCAGGGGUGAGAGUCAGAGAGCACUGCAAUAUGUGCUUCAUGGGAUUUCGAUUAGAAGAUCCUAGACCAGGGAGACACUGUGAGCCAGGGAUACAACAAAAUACUAGGUAAGUCACUGCAGACCGACCUCCCUGCAGUUUGGGAAAGAAGCUGGGUUUGUGGAGAAUCAGAGCAUCUUGACAUGACUGCUGACCUAAAGAUCCCUGGCAUUGGCCAGGGAUCCUGUGGAACCUCUUCUAGGUCAGGGGUGUGAGCAUUAGACUGCCAGUUGUCUAGUGACAUCUGAUGCUUGCUGUGAACUUUUUUUUUUUUUUUUUUUUUGAGACGGAGUCUCGCUCUGUCGCCCAGGCUGGAGUGCAGUGGCGCGAUCUCGCCUCACUGCAAGCUCCGCCUCCUGGGUUCACGCCAUUCUCCUGCCUCAGCCUCCCGAGUAGCUGGGACUACAGGCGCCCGCCACCACGCCCGGCUAAUUUUUAGUAUUUUUAGUAGAGACGGGGUUUCACCGUGUUAGCCAGGAUGGUCUCGAUCUCCUGACCUCGUGAUCCACCCGCCUCGGCCUCCCAAAGUGCUGGGAUUACAGGCGUGAGCCACCGCGCCCGGCCGCUGUGAACUUUUAAGAUCCCCGAAUCCUGAGCACCUCAAUCUUUAAUUGCCUGUAUUCCGAAGGGUAAUAUAAUUUAUCUGGAUGGAAAUUUUAAAGAUGAAUCCCCCUUUUUUCUUUUCCUCAUUCUCUCUUUUCUUUCCUUCUCCCUUUCUUCUUUGCCUUCUAAAUAUACUGAAAUGAUUUAGAUAUGUGUCAACAAUUAAUGAUCUUUUAUUCAAUCUAAGAAAUGGUUUAGUUUUUCUCUUUAGCUCUAUGGCAUUUCACUCAAGUGGACAGGGGAAAAAGUAAUUGCCAUGGGCUCCAAAGAAUUUGCUUUAUGUUUUUAGCUAUUUAAAAAUAAAUCCAUCAAAAAUAAGGUAUGCAAAUGUAUCUUUUAAAGUUAAUUUUUAAAAGUGCUCUUAUUUUAGUGAAUUUUCAGAAAUUAUAGUGGAAUGGAUGCUCAUAUAUUGCUUAUGGAUAUUUUGGAACCAAAGUAGGAAUAACUGACAUUCAGUAUUUUAAAGCUGGCAAACCUGUACAUAGAAAAUAGAUCCCCAGACAGUGGUCUAUGAAGAGGGCAGUUAAAUAUCAAAUACUUAAUUUUCUUGCCUUUUUUUCUUAAGUGGGGAAAAGUUUCUAGAUCUCUUACACCUCUGACACAAUCUGUUCUAAAACAGGCACUUGUAAUGUUGGGGCCUCCUUGUAAACGUGUUUUUGCCCUUUACUCUCUGGGAGUUCUUUAAAGGUGAAAUCAUCUUACAAAGAAAUUGGGGGAGGGUCUUGGCAAAGGACUUUCCCCUCCUCUUUCCUGGCCUGGGAACCUUAUACUGACAAUCAAUACUUUAUAUUUUAAAGUAUAUAAUUUAUAGUUAACUUCUAGUGUAAUAUAUUAGGAAACACUAGAAUGGAAAGGCCAUUGGAAGACAGGUCGUAUCUUUUUUAGACCAUAUUUCCUUGUUUAAAAACUAUCAUUUGAAUACUUUUUUGGUGAAGAACUCCAUGUUUUCAAGUUAAAAGUCACCUCAUAGGCCGGGCGCAGUGGCUCAUGCCUGUAAUCCCAGCACUCUGGGAGGCUUAGGCGGGUGAAUCACAAGGUCAGGGGUUUGAGACCAGCCUGACCAAUAUGGUGAAACCCCGUCCCUACUAAAAACACAAAAUUUAGCCAGGCAUGGUGGCAUGCACCUGUAGUUCCACCUACUCGGGAGGCUGAGGCAGGAGAAUCACUUGAACCUGAGAGACAGAGGUUGCAGUGAGCCGAGAUCACGCCACUGCACUCCAGCCUGGGGGACAGAGCGAGAUUCUGUCUCAAAAAACAAAAGACAAAAAAGUCACCUUGUAACUCAUCUUUUUUUAUUGUAAGUUUAUUAAAAAUGAAGAGGACAACGAGAAGGAACAGAAAGGGUUAGCUAGCACUGCCUCCUGGUGCAUGGGGCUGUGCAGAUGUCCCGGCCACUUCUUCCUUCAUACUUCCCUUAGAGAACUUGCUCUGCUACAAGCAGUGGGCUUGGACUAAAAGUGAUUAAAAUACCACAGGCAUAAGGAGAAAAGGAGUAUAUGUAGUAGUAAUAAUUACUAGUAUAAAUUAUUUUCUUCACAUGCUAUGAGUAAUAAUAUUAAAAAACUCAUUUUACCAUUAAGAUUGCUUAUGCUGAAGCUCUUCCAUUUAGAAUACUGUCAAUGUCAUUUACUGGUAUGAACUAAAGUCCCCCUUCUUUUCCACUCACUGGGAACCUAGUAAGACACCAGCAUAUCUCACCUCUCUUUCUGACUGGCCAGUGCUUCCAGAGACUGAAUGUUGGGAAAACCUAGUAGCCAAACAAUUCUAGGACAGAAUCACAUUUUUAUAUUUGGUUCCACCAUCUUAUUACAUUUAGUUAUAGUUUUAAAAAAGAAAUUCAAGCCCAUUAAAAUAUGUCUGGUCAAUGAAAUGCUUCCUUUUAUUGUGUUGUGCUAUUGUACUUUGUUUUUCAAAACAUUGUAAAAAUAGUAUCUUUGGUUUAGUAUUUUGGAUUAUAAUAAUCUGAGGAGCGUUUUGCUUAUGUAGAAUCCAGAUAUAUUUCUGUUACCUAGGAGAUGUUACUUACAUAUGUAAUACCGUAUCCUGCACGUGGAAAUAUUCAGAAUUGUAGAUAGCAUAACUCUCCCUGCUCCUAUUCUUUUGAGCCUAGGUAUAAUUUUAUUUUUUUUUAGAAAAAGACAUAUUUAGCUUUAAUUUCUAUUUAUGCUAAACAUAGUUAUAAGUAGUCUGUCGAUAUAAUACCAACUAUUUUUAUUUUUACAUAAUUCAAUUAUUUCAUUUGACAUGUCUGGCAGACUCAAGACAUUAAAUAAAAAAUUGGAACUAUGA